GCGAAAAAGGCCGAGAUCAACUACGCCAAACAGAAGUACAAGGCCAUCGCAAAGGCAGAGUCCUUCAAGGCAAGGCAUCCGGAUUACUUCGGCAAGUAUCCCAAGAGGGACGUUCCAUGGGACUGGAAGGUGAAGGCAGCCAAGGCCAAGGCCUACUACGAAGGGAAGAAGUACCAGGCCGAGGCAGCAGCGGCGCCAUCUGUGCUGCUGACCGCGGCUUCCAACGAAGGUGCUGGCAGGCUUCCCAAUGUCGCCAUGCCAAGUCUGACAUGCAACGCCACGCUGGAGGCGUGCUCUUCUCACAGCCAGGGCCGGACCUCUGCGUAAACGCUGACGGUCACUUGAUCAAGGACACCGUGACAGAGAUCUUGGAAGCUCCGGUGCAGGACGACUACACAGUGUUCAGAUUGCUGGGUGGGUGUUUGUUUGGUGGCUCGCACUAUGCUGCCGUCUUCCUUCUGGCAGAUAUUCAAUCUUUUGCUUUGCUGACAUGCAGUGCAGUGAAGGGAUCCUUGGAAUGUCAGCAGGACCCAGCGUACGCCGGAGUUGGUAGCGACGAUGCGGCCGAGGGAGUUCCGCACUACGAUGCGGCUCCAAGCUAUGAGCUGGAAAUCACAGCAAGUGGAAAGUGGAAAGGUCCUGGUCCCGCCAUUUCCCGCGAUCCGGGUCAUCUCCUGGCUUCCGAAGCUGCGGCGGCCAGACGGCGAGGUCCGCCCCAUUUCGGGACCGGCUGCACCGCAUCUUCGUACCGGGCCCGGUCCAGCCAAGAAUGCCUUGGCAUGCAGUCUCUUUCGUGUCUCUGGAUGUGCCCUGCUGCAUUCAUGCUUCAUGCAAACCCGCGCCCAGCCAUUCGGCUAAAGUCCUACCGAACCGUCUUAUUUCUGGCCUGGCUUGGUGCCGAAGGCACAAGCAUGGUGCUUGCCCCCUUGCUCGUGCUGUUCGCAUGUGUGGAGCACGUGGCUAAUGCAGAGGAGCUGCAGCUGCCGCAGCAAGUCUUCGAGAAAGAGGCACAGCCCGCAUUCUUGAGUCUGUCCAACGACGGCGUCGACUCCUGCACGACGGACAACGUCUGCCAGGAAAUCUGCGAGACGGACUUCAUGGUGUACCCUCUGGGGGACAAGUGCUACGAGUACUGCCACGAAGACAUCCACUACAUCUGGGAUGUUUUCGACAAGUACUGCGGAGAAGGCCUCCAUGAUAAGCAUCAUUUCUGUGCAGAUCUGUGCUACGACGGCUUCUACUGCGGGGAUUCUACAUGCGGACCCUGUGAAGACAAGUGUGUGGAAGCGUUUGGGUUGGUCCAUCAGAUCUUCGAUUACUGUGCCGACUGCGAUGACUUUGGGGAUGACUACGACGACGACUACUACAAGACCACGACGACCACGACAACUGCUGACAGGUGUAACGACCUGGGGUGCUGGUGCCAUGACAUCUGCGACAUCAUCAAGUGCCCCCACUGCGAGGAGCUUUGCUACAAGAAUCAGGACAGGGUGUGGCCCGUCUUCGAGCGCUACUGCGAGUGCGGCUUCUGCCACGAGGCGGACGGAGAGCAUGCAGGCUUGUUGCAGUUCCGAGUCCACAGUGCUGCUUCGUCUGAGUCGACGUGCGGCUGCAGAAGUGAGCACCAGUACUGCAUCGACAUCUGCCAUGGCCUUGGUUAUGGUGGAGAGGGGCUGUCACGGUGCACGGAGGAUUGCUACUCAAGUGGCAAGCUCGGGGGCAUCUUGGAAGAUUACUGCCACGAGUGCCACGAUGAGCACUACCAUCACGAUGACAAGGAUGACUACCAUGGGGACGACCACCAUGGAGACGACUACCACAAGGAUGACUAUCACAAGGACGACUACCAUGGACAUGGAGACGACUACCAUAAGGAUGACUACCACAAGGACGACUACAAGACUACAACCAAGUCGGAGCAGAGCACAACCACUUCGAAGACGACCACAACGACCACAACGACAACAACGACCACAACGACCACAACGACCACUACACCCGAGCCGUACAAGACCACCACGCCGGAGCCUUAUGAGACGACCACAAAGCCGUACGAAACGACCAGACCACCCUACGAGACCACCAGGCCGCCUUACGAGACGACCAGGCCGCCUUACGAGACGACCAGGCCACCCUACGAGACAACCAGGCCACCCUACGAGACAACCAGGCCGCCCUACGAGACGACUCGGCCGUACCACCCUCCUGCUCCAGAGCCAUACCCUGCUCCAGAGCCGUAUUACCCCGCUCCAGACCCAUACCCUGCUCCAGACCCAUACCCCGCUCCAGAGCCAUACCCUGCUCCAGACCCAUACCCUGCUCCAGAGCCUUAUUACCCUGCUCCAGACUACUACCCGGCUCCGGAUGUGCCAUACUACUGGAAGAUCAAGGCGAAAAAGGCCGAGAUCAACUACGCCAAACAGAAGUACAAGGCCAUCGCAAAGGCAGAGUCCUUCAAGGCAAGGCAUCCGGAUUACUUCGGCAAGUAUCCCAAGAGGGACGUUCCAUGGGACUGGAAGGUGAAGGCAGCCAAGGCCAAGGCCUACUACGAAGGGAAGAAGUACCAGGCCGAGGCAGCAGCGGCAGCUUUCAAAUGGAAGCACCCAGAGAUCUUCGGCAAACAUUACUGUGCGGCUGUAGUGGAGUGGCUGCUUGCUGCAUGGCGGAGACUCGACAAUCCAGCUGAGCGGGAUGCGAAUGGAGACCAGCUCCUGGGAAAGCGCGCCUGGUUUGCCUUGGACAACAGACGGCUCUACUCACUGCAGUGCGCAGCUGCGAAGCGCUUUCCGCGCCGCUGUUGUGUCGUAGUACGCUGCAUCGAGGACGUGCCAGGGGGAGAGAGCAUUCGAGAGCUUCGGAAGUUUCGGACCACCACGGAGGGGAGGUCCGUGGAUGUGGGCGUCAGGGCUGGAGAGUGCCGGCCAUUCAGCUGGAUACAGGCUGCGCCGCCUGGUGCCCACAUGGGGCGUGCCAUGGAGGUGGAAGGCUUGUACGCAGAGGAUUUGUUUGAUGCCCUACAAUGGGCCCCGCAGGCAGUCGCGGCCGCUGCCAUGAUUGGUCAACAGGAGGAGGAAAACGAAAGGAUUCAGACUACUGAAGGUACUCGCACCCUUCCGUUGCACCGGGCUUGCAGCUU